UUACGUAAAAUUACGUAUUAAAGAAAUUAAUAACAGAUGUAGUAGAGUGAAGUUAGUGAAGGUUAAAAACAAAAAAUUCGUUGUAUUUUUUUUUUUUUUUGACAAAAGGAUAACCAAAACAAACUUGAUAAUUCAAAAUUUAAAACUGUAUAAAUUGUGAAUGAAUAAUUGUGAAAAAUUACCAGUAAAAUAGAAAAUAACCUCAUCACCACCAACUAAUUUUUUUUUUUUCUUGUUCGUGAUCGACAUUGAAAAAUGGCAAAAAGAAUUCUUAAAAGUAAGAAAAAUAUUCGUCAGCCAAAACCUUUGAAACUUGCAACUCUUGUUGUUUCUGCUCUUGAAGAGCUUAAAGAAUCCAAAGGUGCUACGCCACGGAAAAUUGUUGGAUAUCUUACCUAUGCAACACAACUUCCAGUAGCAAGAAUUAAACGACAAGUGAAUUCAGUUUUGAAGAAAGGAGUACAAUACGGAAUUUUACGGAGAUAUCGAGGCCACUAUUUUUUACCAAAAGGUGAUCCAUUGGAACGAGCAAAUAAAAUUGCUGAAAGGUUUGCACAGUUACCAAGUGUAGAUUCCGUUGAGCUGCUUUCGGAUUUUCUCUACCCUUUAUCUGAAAAUGAAGAAGAUUUAAAAUCCGCUAUGAAAAGUUUGAAAGAACCUUCAGAUAGUAAGAAAAGUGAAAGCGUUCGAUUUAAUUUCGAUAAUAAUAAUAAUAAUUUACAUCAGCAUUCACAAAAUUGUAAUUGUAUUAAUAAGGAAAAUUUUGAUGAUAUAACAUCUUUUAUGAGUAUGGACGAUUAAAGUAUAAAUUCCACAUACUCUCUAAAUUUUAAUUAGUAAAAAUGUUUAAUAAUUCGAAUUAGUAACUGACUUUU